CCAUGGCUGUGACUCGGGGUAAAUACUGAUAAUCUCCCCACAAAACCUCUGUGAGGGCUGCUGGGAGUUGUAGUUGCACAACGUGCCGGGGGAAUGGCUGUAGUUACUCCCUAGUCUGUGUGGGACCCAUUAGCCCUAUGUGCCCCCCCCCCCCCCAUGGGGCUGAAUUGCUGCACCCAGUGCUGGGGGGUAGGAGGCUCCUGUGUGUGCCCCUCGGUGGCGCUGUGCCACCCACUCUCCCCGUAUGGGUGGCGCCUCCCCCUUCCCCAGGCUCCUCCCCUUCUCCUGACGUGCAGCCAGGAUUCUCUCCCUGCCAGUGGAGCAGCGGAGGCAGCAGUGGAGCAGGAGGGAGAGGAGCAGGAGGGCUGCACAGACACAGGGGGGCAACACAUGGGGGCCCGGCCCUCUCUUGUCUCCUAGUGCCCUGCCCACCCUCCCUGCCAUGCCCAGGGCUGGCACAGUGUCCUUGGGUGCCCUCAGGGGGGCCAGAGCUGCCUGCGGCUGGGAGAGCGUCCCCUGAGAGACAGUCAGGUAACCAGGAGGGGAGGGCGCUCUCGUCGCUCAGGUCUCCAGCGUGAGUGCGGGGGAGAGCGAGGAGCGGUGGGGGAGAGUGCUGAGCAGUGAGAGAGAGGCCGGGCAUGGAACACAAUGAGAGAGUCAGUCAUGGACCCCUCUGGGACCCUCUGGCAGUUCCUCCUGCAGUUGCUGGAAGAGCAGAGCCACCGGCACCUCAUCUCCUGGACCUCCAACGACGGGGAAUUCAAGCUCCUGGAUGCGGAGGAGGUGGCGCGACUGUGGGGGCUGCGAAAGAACAAGACCAACAUGAACUACGAUAAACUCAGCCGCGCUCUCCGGUAUUACUAUGACAAGAACAUUAUUAAGAAGGUGAGUGGGCAGAAGUUUGUGUACAAGUUUGUUUGUUACCCGGAUCCCGGCAACAGUGAGGUCUCUAAGGACGAUGGCAAGUGCAGAGAGAGUGUGAGCGAGCCCAGCCAGCCCCCCAAAUCCGCCGACAGCUCCCCCUUUGUCCCCAAGAUGGUUCGGAGCAGCUCUAAGACGAGUCGCAAUGAGUACAUGCGCUCCGGCCUCUACUCCACUUUCACCAUCCAGUCCCUGCAAGCCCCCCCUGCAGGCCAGCCCAAGACUAGCAAGCUGGAAGCCCCUCCUCCACUGACUGAAGCCCCGCCCUCACUCCAGGUGAAAGGGCAGAGCAUCGAGGUACCACCCCCGUACGAAGUGGCUGAGCAGAACAGUGAGGCCCUGUCUGUAGAAGUGAAUAUUCACAGCUCCGAGGAGCUCCAGUUACAGGUGACCGUGGACCCCCCCACACCUGAUAUUAAGGUGGAGGCAGCGGCAGAAGACCCCAUUGGUGGAAGCGAGGGCCUCUCCGAUGCGCCAUUGUUCCCUACGGUUCUGCCUGAGCUGAAGGUGCCGGAGCCCCCCAUGACCCAGGAGAUCCUGGUUGUGAUUGACUCCCCGGAGAAGGAGGAUACGAAGAACGAGCAGAGAGACAGGGAUGGGGGACCCCCCACCCCAACUUCCUCCGCCGAGGGGCAGUCAGUGAAAGGGAAGAAGCCAAAGGACUUGGAGCUGCCAUACUCUGCUGUGAUUGGCCAGGAGAAGAUGAACUCUGCUAUGAACUCACUUCUGCCCCCGGGGAGCGCGUCUUCUGUCAUCACCUCCCACUCACUGACUCCCCUCCUGCUCACCCCAAGUUCCCUCCCACCCUCUAUUCACUUCUGGAGCACCCUGAGCCCUAUCGCCCCCCGGAGCCCAGCCAAGCUCUCCUUCCAGUUCCCAACCAAUGGCAACAACCAAAUCCACGUCCCCACCCUGAGCGUCGACGGACUCUCCACCCCUGUCGUUCUCUCUCCCGGACCCCAAAAGCCAUAAGGGACCCGCGCAGCCGACAUUCCCGCGCUUUUUCAUUUGCCCGAGGGCGCCUUUUCUGCCCCAAGCGCUCUCCGAGGGAGUUUGCCGGGAUACAGAACCUUCAUGAAACCUUUAUUUGCUGAAGGAAAGGUGGCACCAAUAUCUCCGGUGGCCCCGGGACUUCUGUACGUUCGGCCGGUAGAGAGGCCACGCCUCCAGCGGGAGGAACGGGAUCGAGUUUUCCGUAGUCGCAGUGUUGGAGGCCAAUGGAUAGAGCAAGGAAUGAUGGGAGACGGGGUCGUUUAUUGAUUGGAUAGACCCUCCUCUCAUUGGUUUAUUAUCCUGGAGGUCUGUCGUUUUAUCAGGGAAUCGGCCAAUGGCUGACGGGACAUACUUGAAUAUGGGGGGCGUUACCCAGACUGGAGCUCAGGCUUGGGUGGGCGGGGGCAGAAAAUAUUUUUCUACUUUGCUGGAGAUAAAGGGAAAGGGGUUUGGCUACUUGGUCGUGUACGAGGGGGGGGGCGUCGGAAGGGCGUCGCCAAUUUCCUCCAACCAAAAAGCUGCAACGCGUGGGCCGGCCAAUUAAAGAUGGACGCCUACGCGAUACAUUUGCUCUCGGACAAACACAAGGAGACGCCAACGUGGCCUGGAGUUCUGUGGGACAAUAUGGCCGCCCCGUGGGUCACGUGACUGCCGGGGACGACACUUCUUAGCUGCUCUGUGAUUCUAACAAAAAAGAAGGUCUAUUUUUUGGGAUAUUUCGCUAUUUUUCUGAAGUUUCUCUAUUUUCUGUCAGAGGUUCUACAAGUCCGGUCCGAACCCGUCACCGGGGGGGUGGGGGGGACCGGGAUCUCAUCCUCAUCACAAUAUGCAGCUUUAUUGCCUCCCAGGAGGGCAGGACAUGACCCCCCCGGGUGGGAAACAAGGGCCCGAAUGGUUCUGUUUAUUUAUGGGCUCUCGGUUCCUAUCUGGGUCAGGGCUCUGUGCUGAUUGGCUGCCUCGGGAGUUCAUUCGCUCACCGCAAUUUACAGUAAAUGUAUAUUUUUCUAUAACCCAUAGAAGGGAUAGUAACGUAACCCUAACGGGGCCCUAAGGGCCCGACUUGCUCCUCGUUGGAGCCUUUCCCACCGCCCGUUUCUGUAUUCGCUCCCCCCCUCUCUUUGGAUGCCCUAUGGAACAGUCUACAUUCCCUUUCAGUGAUCCCAGGUCACAUGAUUCCAAAGAGCUCCUCAGGAAUGUUCCACAGACGCCAGGCAGAGAGGGGGGGCCCCGCUGCCGGGGGUAUUUAUUGCUUUAUUGGGGGGCUCACUCUCUGCUUCCUAAGGCCUUUCAUUUCCUACUAUAAGGGCGUCUUGUCCUUGAAAGGGCUUUGGGGGGGGGGGGUAAAAUAAGGGGCUUUUUUCCUGGGUUUUUGGGGCAUUUUCAUUGGCCGAGGCUAAUUAAGAGUCAUUAAUAUAUAUCCGUUAUUUCUGUAAUUACUUUAUAGAACCCCUGCUUGUGGGCUCAGCCCCUCCCAGCUUUGGGAGGGGCCUUGGCCAGAGAGAGAGGAAUGGGGCUCCACCUUGUGGAGUAAAGACGGUAUUGCGUCUAUGUGGUUUGAGCCCCCACAUUAAUGUGUACGGGGGGGCACAGAAAUAAUAGUACGAGUGAGAGCAAAUCCUAUUGGUUGCUUUAAAUUCUAAGCACAAGGUGGGCCCCCCCUCUUUUUGCCAAUAGGCAGGGACGGGGGUCCCGCUAUUAUAGUUAGAGUUACCCCUACAGUUUUUGUACAUGGAACGUUGAGGCUUCUGUUUAAUGGGGUCCUGUAGUUUCUUUUUCCCAGAAUGCCUUUAGCCCCCCAGCCUUUGGCUGAUUUGUUUGGGGGGGGGCGCUGCAGGUUUCUAGCUAAGGGCUUGCAGUACCAUUUGUCGCCACUUGGGGCUAUUCUGACUGUAGGGUUACGCUAGGGGGGGCGGGGAUCUCUCGGGGGCGUUUUAAUUUUGUAUAAAUCCCUCCCACAUGUGGGGCGGGGUCUGUGUGGGACCCAAGGGGUGAAGCUUCCCCUUUAAGCUGCUGGUUCUGUUCAGGGAGGGGGCACUUACACACGGGUAGGUCCCCAGCGUGGGUUGUGGGGGGGGGGGGGGGUAGAUUAUAAAUAAAAUUUAUAUUUGGAUCUUUUUAGCCUUAAUAUGAGGGCAGAGUUCCCUGCGCCGGGGGAAUGCAGUGUUAAUAGCCCCCCUGGGGGGUACCAGGGGCUGGCAUGGAUAUUAGCCCUGUGUGUAUGGGGCUCAUUCCCCCCACACUGUCGCACCCCCAAUGCCAAUCUGUAAGUGAAUGUAAUAGACUGGCACCUGGGGGGGGGCAUGGUGCCCCCGGUGGGUUUGUGCCGCGCUUUAUUCUUAUUUCAUAUUGAAAAGAUACUCGGUGCCAGUUUCUGUGCCAAUCAGCAGGGUGAGGGGGGUAACGGGCAGUCUCUGGGCAAAUGCGCCGGGGGGGGGCAAGACUUUUGCUGCUACGCACGGUCAUGUGGUUUAUUUAAUGGAGGGUAUGAGUAGGUGGCACUACAACUCCCAGCAGCCUCUGCUAGUGGCGGCGGGGAAUUGUCAUUUCUAGGGUUUGUUUUUACGUUGGGGGCAGUGCCAGGCUGCGGUUGGUCAGUGAUCCUGCUCUGUGUGCCAAUCAGCCGCCAGUAUUUAGGGGUGGGAGUCGCUGGCAGGUUGCACUAUUUCCUGAGUAUUUCCCUGUCUGCCCCACCUGGCACUGAGAGGGUUACAGGGGUAUUUAUUAUAGGGAAGCUUUUUCUAACGCUCACUCAUGGCACGUCCCGCCCACUCACUCACGGCACGUCCCGCCCACUCACUCACGGCACGUCCCGCCCACUCACACUCACGGCACGUCCCGCCCACUCACACUCACGGCACGUCCCGCCCACUCACACUCACUCACGGCACGUCCCGCCCACUCACUCAUGGCACGUCCCUCACACUCACUCACAGCGUGUCCCACCCACUCACGGCACGUCCCGUCCAAUCACACUCACAGCGUGUCCCUCACACUCACGGCACGUCCCGUCCAAUCACACUCACUCACAGCGUGUCCCACCCACUCACGGCACGUCCCGUCCAAUCACACUCACUCACAGCGUGUCCCACCCACUCACGGCACGUCCCGUCCAAUCACACUCACUCACAGCGUGUCCCACCCACUCACGGCACGUCCCGUCCAAUCACACUCACAGCAUGUCCCUCACACUCACGGCACGUCCCGUCCAAUCACACUCACUCACAGCGUGUCCCACCCACUCACGGCACGUCCCGCCCAAUCACACGCUCCCAAUGUCCCAAUCGCAAUGAGCCCUGGGCCAGGGAGCUGACUGUUUAUUCUGCACAUCAGGCCGUUAGUGUUUGGCCAGUUGGCCACGUGACUCUCCAGUUGGAACUAAUGUUGGUCGCAGGGGGAGGGGCCUGAAAGCUGUCUUUGCCUUAAGGGCUGAACUACACGAAUGACUUAAACAGGGCUCAUUGUUUCCUAUGGGGCAGUGCACACAGCCUCCCCCGUACGUCUCCUACUGCCCAGCACAUGGGGGCUCCUGGGGGCCACGGGUUCAUUGUCUGAGCCGCUUGGGACUCACUGAACACAAUGUGCACUUUUUCAUGACAAUAGUUUGUUGCAGUAGGAGGGGAAAUUGCCCCGAUAUUGCGCCACAUCGCUCCUUCCUGGUCCGACUCGUUACACGGCCGUAUCCGGGGCCGACUCGUUACACGGCCGUAUCAGGGGCCGACUCGUUACACGGCCGUAUCAGGGGCCGACUCGUUACACGGCCGUAUCAGGGGCCGACUCGUUACACGGCCGUAUCAGGGGCCGACUCGUUACACGGCCGUAUCCGGGGCCGACUCGUUACACGGCCGUAUCCCGGGCCGACUCAUUACACGGCCGUAUCACGGGCCGACUCAUUACACAGCCGUAUCACGGGCCGACUCGUUACACAGCUGUAUCAAGGUCCGACUCAUUACACAGCCGUAUCAGGGGCCGACUCGUUACACGGCCGUAUCAGGGGCCGACUCGUUACACGGCCGUAUCAGGGGCCGACUCGUUACACGGCCGUAUCCGGGGCCGACUCGUUACACGGCCGUAUCCCGGGCCGACUCAUUACACGGCCGUAUCACGGGCCGACUCAUUACACAGCCGUAUCACGGGCCGACUCGUUACACAGCUGUAUCAAGGUCCGACUCAUUACACAGCCGUAUCACGGGCCGACUUAUUACACAGCUGUAUUAAGGUCCGACUCAUUACACAAUUGUAUCAAGGAAGAUUAUUGUAAAACCUUAUAUAUUGUUACAGCCUGUAAAUAUAUUUUUUAACAAUGGA